AUGUCGAGCCUCAGCAGUGGCCCCCAGGACACCGGCGGCAGCAGCAGCAGUGGCACCAAUGGCAGCGGUGGCAGUGGCCCAAAGGCGGGAGUGGCAGACAAGAGUGCGGUGGUAGCCACUGCUGCGCCAGCCUCAGUGGCGGAUGAUGCCCCACCCCCCGAGCGGCGGAACAAGAGCGGCAUCAUCAGUGAACCCCUCAACAAGAGCCUGCGCCGCUCCCGCCCCCUCUCCCACUACUCUUCGUUUGGGGGCAGCGGCGGCAGUGGCGGCGGGAGCAUGAUGGGCGGGGAGUCAGCCGAAAAGGCGGCCGCAGCCGCCGCCUCCCUGUUGGCCAACGGGCACGACCUGGCGGCGGCCAUGGCUGUGGACAAAAGCAACUCUACCUCAAAGCACAAAAGCGGUGCUGUGGCCAGCCUGCUGAGCAAGGCGGAGCGCGCCACGGAGCUGGCGGCCGAGGGACAGCUGACGCUGCAGCAGUUUGCGCAGUCCACGGAGAUGCUGAAGCGCGUGGUGCAGGAGCACCUACCGCUGAUGAGCGAGGCGGGUGCCGGCCUGCCCGACAUGGAGGCUGUGGCGGGGGCUGAAGCCCUCAACGGCCAGUCCGACUUCCCCUACCUGGGCGCCUUUCCCAUCAACCCGGGCCUCUUCAUCAUGACCCCCGCGGGCGUGUUCCUGGCUGAGAGCGCGCUGCACAUGGCCGGCCUGGCCGAGUACCCCAUGCAGGGAGAGCUGGCCUCCGCCAUCAGCUCGGGCAAGAAGAAGCGGAAACGCUGCGGCAUGUGUGCGCCCUGCCGGCGGCGCAUCAACUGCGAGCAGUGCAGCAGUUGUAGGAACCGAAAGACUGGCCAUCAGAUUUGCAAAUUCAGAAAAUGUGAGGAACUCAAAAAGAAGCCUUCCGCUGCUCUGGAGAAGGUGAUGCUUCCGACGGGAGCUGCCUUCCGGUGGUUUCAGUGA